AUGGGCAGUCAAGUGACAUAUGUUGAUUUAAACAUAUCCAGGGAGUCAGCCAUUAGAGUUUCAUCACCCCAAUCUCUUCCUCAGGAUGUCUGUCAGGGUCCACGCUGGCAUCAAUUUGCUCUGAAACUUGGCUGUGCUGGGAUCAUUCUUUUCACCUUGGCUGUGAUAGGGUUGAGUGCUUCAGUGAUAUUUUUAAGUCAAAAAUUAUCAAUAGAAAAAAGUACUAUGGAUGCUCAAGAAAAGUACAGGAAGAUAACAAGUCCUUUAAAGUGCCCGAUACAUUGGCAUCUACUCCGAGAGAAAUGCUUGUUUCUUUCUCAUACUUUUUACUCCUGGAAGGACAGCUUAGCUGACUGUUACACAAAAAAGUCUAGUUUGCUACUUAUUCAAGAUGUGGAAGAACUGAGACUCAUACAGAGCCUGAUAAAGACGGGAGGAAUUCUAUAUUGGAUUGGAUUAAAUUUUACAUUAUCAGAGAAGAGCUGGAAGUGGAUAAAUGGCUCUUUUUUAUAUUCUGAUGUAUUAAAAAUUGAUGGAGAUGAUGAUGAAAACAGCUGUGCUUACAUCUCAAAUGAAAAAAUUUUCUCUGAAGACUGUCAUUCAGACAAUAAAUGGAUCUGCCAGAAAGAAUUAAAUCCUGUCAGUGUGUCCUGA